AUGAGCUGGAGCUUCCUGACCCAGCUGCUGGAUGAGAUCUCCAACCACUCCACCUUUGUGGGCAAGAUCUGGCUGACGGUGCUCAUCAUAUUUCGUAUUGUGUUGACCGCUGUCGGGGGCGAGACCAUCUACAACGAUGAGCAAAGUAAAUUUUCCUGCAACACGCAACAGCCCGGGUGCGAGAACGUGUGCUACGACGCCUUUGCGCCCCUCUCGCACAUCCGUUUCUGGAUCUUUCAGGUGAUCAUGAUCACGACUCCUACCAUCAUGUACCUCGGCUUCGCCAUGCACCGGAUCGCCCGCAUGGAUGACGUCGAGUACCAGCCCCUCAAACGUGGCCGGAAGAAGCGGAUGCCCGUAGUGAGCCGCCAUCCGGCUCGGGACUACGAGGCUGCCGAGGAAAACGGAGAAGACGACCCCAUGAUGACCGAGGAGAUCGAACCAGAGAAGAAAGAUCAGGCAACGCCCAGCAUAGUGAUAAGGCAUGACGGUCGCCGACGAAUCCUGCGCGACGGCUUGAUGAAAGUCUAUGCCUGCCAGCUGCUGUCGCGCAUUGCCUUUGAGACCGCCUUCCUCUUCGGUCAGUACAUCCUCUAUGGCUUGGAGGUGGAGCCCUCCUACAUCUGCACACGCUGGCCUUGCCCGCACAUCGUGGACUGCUUUGUGUCACGCCCGACCGAGAAGACCAUCUUCCUGCGGGUGAUGUACGUGGUGUCUUUCCUCUGCCUGCUCCUCACUUUGAUGGAGGUGCUCCACCUGGGUGUAGGUGGCAUCCGCGACACUUUCAAGAGGCGGGCGGCCAUGGCCUCACGUAGCCACCGGCCCUCCUUGGCACACCGCGAGGUCGCUUUGUCUGUGGGGUCCCCGCCCACAGCCCCUCCGGGUUACCAUGCUGCCUUGAAGAAAGGUCACUGCGAGAAACACAAGAAGGAACUGAGGGACUCGCCGCUGGGGGACUCGGGGCGGGAGAGCCUCGGGGACGAGGGGUCAUCCACCACAGAGGUGGAGCGGCUGCAGAGGCAGCUAGAGGUGGUCCAGAAGCAGCUGGCGCUACAGCAGCAGCAGCAGCAGCUGGGCCUGGCCUGGGCCGAGGAGGGGAACAGCGCCUUGAGGAGCAGCAGCCCCGAGGUCAGCACGGUGGUCCAGACAGCCGCUGAGCAGAACCGCCUCAACCUGGCCCACGAGAAACGGAGAGAGGGCAGCGAGAAAGGAGUCCAUCCCUGAGCAGGGGUCCCACCUCACAUGUCUGCCCUCCCAUUCCUA